UUGCUCUAUUUAACGGGUCAGGCCAUGGGCGUUUGCAAUGUCUGUCAGACGAAUAAAGUUGCCUGCAUAAAUUCCACAUCAUUCUAUUUAUGUUUCGGAGAUGGUACACCACAUACGAAUCAGUUGUAUCAUUGCUUGGAGGGAUUCGAUUGCACAAAUCUAACAGCGAUUUGUGCCCAAAAGAGUAGCCAACGUCCACCAAGCUGCGGAGAUACUGCCCAAUGUGGCUUAUGCAGUGCUCAAAGGAAUUAUCUGUUUGCCUGUUUGAGUCGUGGUAUAUUUCAAAUGUGCUAUGGGGCCAAUUGGCCGAGUGGUAGCUAUGGUUAUUGUCCAACUGGUUAUGUAUGCGAUGCUGGCACCGAUUCGGUUUGUGUGCCCGAAGUUGAGGGACAAACUUAUACAUGUGAUGUGAAUGAUGCUUUGGUGGAUACAACUACAACAACAACUACAACCACAUCGACAGCAUCGACCGAUAUUAAUACGGACUCGAGUUCAAGUUCCAGUGAAGCAACAACACCAGAGUCAUCAAGUACUUCCAGUCCAUGGACUGCAUUGGAAGUUUGCGAGGAAGAGAAACAAACGGGUCUUUUUAAUACAGUGCCCACAGAUCCAUAUUGUCAACGUUACAUCUAUUGCUAUUAUAAGAACGGUGUGGUUAAAGCUGCCGAAUACAAUUGCACUGCAAAUUCAUAUUUCAAUGCCGAGGAUCAAGUCUGCAGCUAUAUUAAAUCCGAUGAUUGUCUCUAAUAAAAUAC